GUGCUGCAGACAGGAAGAGUUUCAGCCAGCCGUGAGAGGGGGCCCUGCUUUUCCCUUGUCGCUGCGUCUGUGGUGGGCAGGGUGGUGGUGAGCAUGGCCCCAGAGCUCCCAUGGCUCCCUGUGCACCUCAUACUCGCCUGUAUCCUGCUCAGGGCUCUGGCCACCCAAGAGGUGCGGCAGUUCCCCCCCUACACGAUUGUCCCCGAGGGGGGCUCCAUCAGCAUCACCUGCUCCACGAGCGGGCCCCUGUCCGGGGUCUUCCUGGGGCAAAGGUGGCCGAAGCCCACCGGUGUGAUUUACUAUGAAGACAAGAAGCCGCCCACUGUAGAUGAGCGCUUCCGAGGUCGCGUUGCCUUCUCCGGGCUGCAGCACAACCUGACCAUCACCCUGAGCCACCUGCAGAUGUCUGACACUGGAGCUUAUGCCUGCCAGGCGGUCAUGGAUGACAUGGUCUGGGGCCCUGACACCUUGGUGGUGGUGACAGACAAAGUGUCCCAGGAAGCAGACACGUGCCAGAAGGCUCAGCUGAUCUCUGCCUUCCCUGUGGUCCUGGCGAUGAGCUGCUUCUUCCUUGGGCUGGGGAUAGGGGCAGUGUGUGUGCUGAGGAAGAAACAGGUCAAGAAACUGUGCUGCGUGGAGGAUAAGAGCUCAGCAUGUAUAGUGUACGAGGACAUGUCCUAUAAAGGCCCAAACAGGAUGUCCACCCCCAACGAGUACCAGUGAGCCCGGCAGGGCCCCCCCAGGCCUCCCUCUGCCCACGCGCAGCUCAAAGAGGACCGCCUGACCCAGUGAGGUCACACAGGCGGCUCCCUGCGGUCAUCAGGCUCCUGGUGUCCCGGCACCUCCUCCAGGAAGCCUUCCUUGCCCACCUCCUGCCUUCCAGGCUGCCCUCCCUGGGCCCACCAGGGAGGAAGUUUCUGUGUCCGGAUGCUUGCUGCCCUUCCCCUCACACAGCAGGAGGGGCUUCUCUCUGGAUGGACUCAUGGAGGGCACCAGGGACCUGCCACUGGGACCCAGGGCCUGGUGGAGGGACAAGAGGGAGGGGGGGAAGCCCAGUCCCUAACCCAGGCUUGCCAGAAAUAAAGUGCUUCUCUUCUCCCC